AUGGACCUGCAUAGGCUCAGGGGCCGUGCGGAUGAAUGCCGAUGGCAGAUCAUAUGCAAUGGCAGUCCUAACGGGUUAUUUGUGAACAGACGGCGAGUCAGCAAGCAAUCACUGACGCAUGGAGAUGUGAUCGGGUUCGCUCAUGGUCACAACACGAAGAUGGGGGAAGAACUAGAAGCUGCGGCGUUUGUUUACGAGUUCUUGUUCGAAGAAAUAAGCUCCAACGGGACAGCAGAAUAUCAGGUCCCCAUCACUGAAGCGAUCAGACCAUUGCAAAACUUAAACGAGAGCAAAGUGAUGGGAGGAAACAUGUCAAUAUCGCUGUCGGAAGAAUUUGACGAGUUGGAUCAUCAAGUUUUGUUGCAACUGAGGGCGACCAACGUCAACGACUGUUGCUUCAAGCAUGUGAACUUGAUGGAGAAAUUGUGGAAAAGUUGCCAGAUCAAACAAGAAAAGUUGUCGAAAGAGAAACGCGAGCUUCAGAUGGAGUUGACAAGCUUACAAGACGCAUUCACCAAACAAGUUAUUCAUAAUACUCAACUAAUUGAAGAGAACGAAGAACUCAGAGUUGCUGUGUGCAGUGCAAACAAAAACAUCAUCCUACUGGAAGAAAACUACAAGGCAAAGUUGCACAAGUUGCAAACAGAGACAACGUUGCUUGAAAAGGCUUUGGAGGAGGCUGCUGUGGCUCAGCGAGACGAGGAGCUUGAGGCCUGCGAGAGAGCGAUGAUGGGAGAAAGGCAUUUGAAUGACAAGCUACGAGGUGACGGACAUGUCGUUACUGCUGCUGCUGCUGCUGCUGCUGCUGCUGCUGCUGCUGCUGCUGCUGCUGCUGAUGAUGAUGAUGAUGAUGAUUCCAUUUUGCUAUGUUGUCGUCAUGGUUGA